AUGAAAUACAGUGGAACAGAGAACGGUGACGUAACAGUUGACAAAGAGCAAAUGGAAGAAGCCAUGAAGGACCUACCACAUGAGGCUAACAUGGCGUUUAAGGCUCAUUUCAAACUUGGACAGUGUGGUCCUUCUCCAACUAGUAUGAUGAUAGCCAGUACUAUUAUUAAUGACGACAAAAGCACAGAAGAGUUACAGAAGCGCUUUGGCGAAAUUCUGGACGAGAAUGUAAUUCUCAAAGAGACUUUGAAGCAGAACAACGAGUCAAUGAAAGAACAGUUUCUUCUGAUAGCUUCGUGUCAAGAGGACAUGAUGAAGACCCAUAUGCUGCAUAAGGAAAAGUUUGAUGAGACGAAGCAAUUGGUUGAAAAGUUACGCCACGAAAACAAGAAGCUAAAACAAGACAUCACUCACCUCUCGGAGUCAAUGUUACACUCGCACACUAACUCUGAAAACGGAGAGAAAGAGCCCGCGAAGUCUGGUCCCUCAUCGGCGGUGGAGUUCGUGUCGUCACCCGAUGACGACACGAUACACAAACUGACCGCGCAGUUAGAGCUCGUUGAGAAGCAACGACGACAGGUGAUAGUAGAAAAUGAGAAGUUAACCUGGCAGAGGGAAUCAUUGGAGCACAUAGUUGAUGCAAUAUCUAAAGAGAGAGAUGAGUUGAAGGAGAAAUUAGAGGAUGCCGCACUUAAGGACGGAGAUCGCCUAAUGGAAAUACGCGACUUGAAAGACACGAUACAGGAUUUAGAAAUAAAAAUUGCCACGUUGUCAGCUCCUAACGAGAAUAAAGCGAUAUUGGAGGACCGCGACUUACGGAUAAAUCAGUUGGAGUCAAAACAGGCGACAUUACUGGCUGAUCUGAAGGCCUCACAGCUCAGGAUAUUUGAGUUAGAGAGUGUCAAGAUCGAGAUGACAAAUUUCAAGUCUGGAGAGUCGGAAAUAGUCAAAAUAUACACAGAACAGCUACAAGACCUUCGUAACCGUCUGAAGGAGGUGUCAACUAUUGUAUUCCAGCCAGUUCGUAUCUCGCUGAGUGCGGAGCCUGAGUCCUUGUCGGGGCCCAACAGUCUCAACUCCAAUGUCAAACUUUACGAUAGAACGUUAAAACAUCUUGCUGAUGUCCUCAAUUCUGUGACGCAGGGGACAACGGACACUCUGACUCAAACCUUACGUUCAGUAGCAAGUCUUCACGAGUUCAGGUUGGAAAGGAGCUCGAUAGAGCAGUUCAAGUCAACGCUCGCCGAACUCAAACAGAAGAUGGAGAAACAAUACAGUACUACGUUAAAUAAUGUAGGUCAAGUUCGAAGUACCCUUACAAUAUUCGAAGGCAUAUUCCGGGACUACAACGAGCUCCUAAACAAAUCCGUCGCCAAACCCAAGGUGGAGAGACCCUCAGCGAACGUAGAAGCGUUGACAGCGGCCCUGGUGGCCAGAGGACAGGAGUUACAGUCUCUGAAGGCUGAGUUGGAUAAAUUAAGAGAUCAAAAGGAGAAUAUAGAUUUGAUGAAAGCACAACUUGAUUUGUACAAGAGCGAUUUCGAAGCCGAACGCGAGUCUCGUCAGAAGAUGGCAAGUGAGAAGGAGAACCUGCUUACCGAUCUAAGAACUGCAAAGAGACGAAAUCAGGAGCUUAACAAACAUUUGAACGAAGUACGAAAGAUGAACCCGAACGUGUACCAAAUGUCUGCGAGUCGUGCCACGGCGGCCCCCUCCCCCUCCCCCUCCGCCUCCUCGCCCUCCACGCGCCCCGCCCGCCCCGCGCCCCACUCGCCCGCCGCCACCGGCAACACGAAAUUGACUUGCCCCAAAUGCUUGAGAUUCACAUGCGAACAGUACAAAGUGAUGGAGGACCAUUUAGACUACUGCCUCGAUAACUAA